AUGGCUCAUCUUCAGUUCGGUGGUAUUGAAUUAGAAAGUGUUGGUUUAUCAACAACUGUACCCGACAAUGAUUUGGCUCGCGUUAUGUAUUACUUAAGUUGUGUAUGUUCCGCAAUCGAUUACAAUGACAAUGAUAUUCAACGAUAUCGUAACUAUAAUGAAUAUUAUCGUCUAACAGAGGAGGAAAAAUUACUGGUUGUUGUUCUUUGUGGAACAUUGAGUCCCGAUGUAUUUAUUGAUAAAUGUUGGUUUGAAAGUGAUGCUUUAUGUGGCACAAGUAGUAAUAAAUUCUAUAAUUUGAAACACUUUCGUGCUGAUAUUAUAGCUGUUGAAUCGAUUGUGAUCGCUGGUAGUCGAGUACAAGUGAAACAGAUAAUGACAUUUAAGCAAGGGUGGAUGAUACGAAAUUAUAUUGAACCGAUGAAACGAUUGAUUCAGCAAUAUGGAAACCAACGACGAUUACAACAACAACAGCAGCAACAGACAAUAACAUAUGCUCAACGGCCAACACCUAGAGCAACUUAUACAUCGACGACAAGACCGGCGCCGGCCGUAGAUGAUGGAUGUUGCUGUACGAUAUUGUAA